AUGUAUUUUGUCAUUGUAUCCACGGCUCUUGCAUUGUUUUUAUUUCAACCAGCUUAUUGUCACAACUUUUCAAGUGUAGAACAACAAUUUCAGCACCAUAUCAAUUUUUUGAAGGAAGUAUUACCUCGACGCAAAACUCUCGAAUUAAAUCAUGCCAACUCAUUGGUCAGUAUUCUGCAUGAAGGUGUUCCAGUGAACUUUGAUGGAGCUCGUUUGGAUAUUGGACUACCCCCACUUGCUGAUACCAAUAAUCCGAUGUUAAACCAGUCAAAAACCAUUAAUCAAAAUAUAUUAACGUCAUCUAUGCCUUUUGAAACAGGAUCGUUAAUUCAUAAAAUUAUGACCUAUUCGCAUCCGCUUGUCAGUAAGACUCAACAUUCGAGGGUAGCAAGUGGAGCAGAGUCUAUCAAGGUUUCAACUGCUGUAUCUUCCGAAUUAAUUUACCUUUCGUCACCACCGAGCACACCCACUUUGGAAUUUGAUACCCUAUCAGAAAUACGGCGUUUGGAACUGUUGUUGGCAGAUUUAAGGGAGCAGAUGAAUCGCCAAGAGGUAAGUUUUCGAAAGAAAAUGGCAAGGGGUAGCGAAGGUCCUACAGUUGUAACCUCUUUGGAGAUGCUCCCACAAUCUGUUCAUAAAUCAAUAUCAGGGAUGUCUGUUGCAUCAAUUAUCGAAAAUGAGUACAUAAGUGACAGUGGUAUUUCCAAAUCAAAAAUUAAUGGCAGGCAAAUUAUGACGAGGAAAAACCUCCCGAAUUCAGUUAUGGUGAUGCCGCAAUUUCAGCAUCAUACAAGACUGAAAAUACAACUGGAUUUGCCUUAUCACAAACCAAAAAUUGUGUGGGCAGAACACCCGACUUCAACUGCCACAAGUGUUAUUGAAACAGACUCUGUUGAAAUGUUGGGAGUGCUAAGAGAAGGAGAGUAUACAAUUCUUUUCGAUAAAUAUCACCAAAUUGGCUAUUUCGAUGCAAAUGCUAUUCAGUUUACAGAAGUUACAAAUGUACCUAGUGUCCCAUCAAUCACGCAGUAUGAAGAGUAUUUCCCCAAACUGACUCUGGAAUAUUACGAUGGAAAGUACUCCUUAGGUGACGUAUCCAGUGAUAAUGAAUCUGAGCAGUUGUUCGAUGUAGAGUACCCAAGGAGCGACCAAAGGUUAAGAAGUCCACUUUAUGAUCAAGAUUUGAUUCAUUCACCACCCAAGAAGGUGGACACCGCUGCUGAUGUAUCGCAACUGGGUCUUUCAGCCGGAAAGGGAGUUUCCUCAUCAAGAGAUCGCAGAGCGAGAAUGCAUACCACAAAGAGUUUCAACUUUGAUGUUUUUGACUUUGAGUCCAAACUUAACUCAGCAAGUGCUGUACACGGAUCUUUGAAUUUUAUUCGUUAUAUACUAUUGUUGAUUUUGCAUUAA